AUGGAAUAUUGGAUGAUUAAUUUGCCAAUACUUCCUUUCAAACAAAAUUUGUUACAAAGACAAUGCAAUACGGCUCACUAUUGCACAUCCAAACCACCAGUUAAGUUAACGCAGAAAAUUGGAUUUAUUGGAGAUGGAGCGAUGGCAAAAGCGAUUUGCAGGAGCAUAAAAAGAAAAGGUUUAAUAGAUUAUUCGCAAGUAUACGUAUCCAGUCCGUAUCCGAAAAAUUUGGACGAAUGGAAAGGUUUAGGAGCAAACGUUUCAACUCAGAAUGCCGUAGUAGCUCAACAAGCUGACAUUAUCUUCCUAGCAGUGAAACCACACAUUUUAAAAGAAGCGAUAAAAACCAUUUCAGCUAGUCCUUCGGUAUCCCAAAUCAAAGAUAAACUAUUUGUAUCGAUUUUAGCUGGUAUAACUACAAAUGAUUUAGAAACCAUGUUAUCCAAAUUUAGCAACAGUAGAGUAGUAAGGGUAAUGCCAAACACUCCAAUGCUAGUAGGCGAAGGCUGCACAGUAUACUGUCCAGGAUCGACAGUAACAAAAUCAGAUCUAGAGCUAGUGCAUAGAAUUCUUGAAGUUACAGGAAUGUGCCAGUGCUUGCCAGAGCAUAUGAUUAAUGCUGUCGGUGCCCUAUCUGGAAGCGGACCUGCUUUUGUAUAUCUUUUUAUCGAAGCUUUAUCAGAUGGUGCUGUUCGAAUGGGAAUUCACAGAGAUAUGGCAACAAGAUUCGCGGCACAAACCGUGAUGGGGGCAGGCAAAAUGGUUCUAGAAACGAGUAAGCAUAUGGGGACUCUUAAAGAUGAAGUGUGCUCGGCUGGUGGACAAACUAUUGCUGGUAUACAUGCUUUGGAAAGAGGUGGAGUUAGAGGAUCCGUCAUGGAUGCGGUAGAAGCUGCAGCUCUAAGGGCAGCUGAAUUGGGAAAACAGAGCACAAAGUAA